AUGAAUUUGGGAGAUGGCUUAAAACUUGAAACUGAAUUAUUGGAUGGAAAAACCAAGCUAAUAUUGUCUCCAUAUGAACAUAAAUCAAAAAUUUCUGUGAAGAUGGGAAAUAAGACGAAGAUUGCAAGAUGUUCUCUAAGAACAAAACAAACUGGGCACAUUCUGAAAUCAACACAAAAUACUUGUGUCAAGAAUGACAAACUUUUGGAAAAGAAACGAAUUGGUUCAGAAAAUGCAAUGGCAAAGAGUGAAAAAAAUAAAAUGACUUUUCCACCCUCUAAGGAUUUGUGCAAACAGUAUACAGAUAAUGACUGUCUUCAUAUCCAAAGAGGGAUUUCCCCUGUAGCUCCGAAUACACAGAGGACCAGCAACACUGUAAAUACACCUGUGGUAGUGAAAAAGAAGCCUCGUAAAACCCCCAUCACAGCUAAAAAUACGAAGAGUGGGGUGGUAUGUUUAACACAAGACCAACUACAGCAGAUUUUGAUGGCUGUAAACCAAGGAAAUCGAGGAAAUAAAUCUGUUUCUUUGACAGAGAAUGGAAAGGAGGAAACAAGUCAGUACAAUCUACAUUUCAACAACAUUCCUAAUCAGCCAAAGAAAGAGAACAUUAUGGGACUACUCCAAAAAACUGAGGCUGUUUCGUCUGUCCUGGAUGACAAUAAAUCUAUUUUAAAUAAAAACCAGGAGACAUCUAAGCAGCUUGAACAGAAAAAUACCAUAGAGAAUGUGUGGAAACCAGCUGACAUAUUCAGUACCCUGGGGGAAAGAGAACGUGAUAGAAGUUUGUUGGAAGCAAAAAAAGCCCAAUGGAGAAAGGAACUAGAUGAACAGGUUGCCUUAAAGAAGAAAGAAAAGGAAGCUUCUGAAAAAUGUAAUAAUCAUCCUUGGAAAAAAUCUGAAAGUGAUAAAAUAAUGUGGGAAAAACUUCAAAUUCUUGACCAAUCUCAGGAAGCAGUGCCACUAAAGCGCCCUUGCAAUGAUGUGAAACAAGAGCGGCAGCGAAAGUGGAUUGAAGAGUUGAAUAAGCAAAUAGAGGAGGAUCGGCAAAGAAAAACAGAGGAAAAAAUUACGUAUUUAAAGGGUGAGGAACAUGACAGAUGGGCAAUGCAUUUUGAUUCUUUAAAGAAUUAUCCUAGUUCUCAGUCUCAACUGUCCUCUCGAUCAACCCACAAACAACCAGAGUACUUCUGUGUCUCUCCUGACACUCAGGAGCUAGCUGACCUCAGCAGUGUUUAUACGCCUACAAAUGGAAGUCAGGUUGGAGCUACAGAGGAAGAGUGUGUAGCAAAGUCUAUUAGGGAUAUGGCAAUGACAAACAGUCCCAAAACAAACUUUCUCCGCUCUAUGACUGCUCUCUUGGACCCAGUUCAGAUUGAGGAACGAGACAGGCGGCGACAAAAACAGUUAGAACAUCAGAAGGCCAUCACUGCUCAGGUUGAAGAAAAGCGCAGGCGGAAGCAGCUAGAAGAAGAACAAAGAAAGAAAGAAGAAGAAGAGGAGGAGCGUCGGUUAGCACGGGAACGAGAAGAGAUGCAGAAACAGUAUGAAGAAGAUAUACUUAAGCAAAAACAAAAGGAAGAAAUCAUGACUCUCAAGACAAAUGAACUGUUCCAGACAAUGCAGAGAGCACAGGAGCUGGCACAGAGACUGAAACAAGAACAGAGAAUUCGAGAGUUGGCUCAAAAAGGACAUGACACUUCCAAAUUGCUUAAAAAUCUUGGUGAUAAUUUCUUGCCAAUUGAGAUGCUACAAAUGGAAUAUAAUGCAUCCACUAACAGCAUUUCAAAUUCAAGACAUAGCUAUGAUGAAGCCGGUGGUAAGAUGAAUACAUCUAUCAAUUAUACAGCUUCUCCCAAGAAGGAUACUGGUGUGCAAACAGAUGACUUAAAUACAGAAAUGUUCAAUGCAGAAUCAUACUGUGGAUCAGUAACUGAGGGGGAAAUUAUAGAUUGUUCAUCUCCUGAGAUUUCUCCAGAAUUAAAUGCUAAGAAAACCAAGCAUGAAUCAAGUCAAGAUAAAGGAGCUAACUUAGAAAAAGAAAACAGUUGGCAUAAUGACCACUGUAAUUUGUUCACAAGAACAGAGAAACAAAUAAAACUUUUGAAGAAAUGUCAUAGAGGGCCUGAUUGGAAUACAAAUAAGCCACUGAAGAAGUAUGUUACAGCAUCAGAAAAGUACCCUAAACAGCUUCAAAAGCAAAGAGAAGAAAAAAAAGUAAGGCGGCAGAUGGAACUGCUUCAGCUGGUGGAAAGAAACAAUCCUGGACACUUCUCUCAAAACAGAGGCACUUCGCCAGAAGCUCUUCCUGCAUCACAUCAAGAAUUGGAUUCAAGGUGCAGGUGGCAUCUAAUCAAAAAGGAAGAAGAGCCUCCAAAAACUAAUUCUUUCAGCAAAGAAAGUAGACCUCAAUCACAAAGAGAGCCAUCACUUGGGAUUUCUGAACCAACUCAUUUUAUUCCCUAUGUCCGAACUAAUGAGGUCUAUUACCUGGAUCCAGAUGCACCAUUGUCCAGACCUUCAACCCAGGACCCUCAACACCAGAAUUCACAUGACUGUGACCAAGAACAGCAAUUGCUUGAAUGUGGCUAUGUCAGGGAUCCACUUCUUAAUCCUAACUUGGUGAAAAACAGGGAUCGACAGCAAGCAAUCCUUAAGGGACUGUCAGAAUUGAGACAGGGCCUUCUCCAGAAGCAAAAGGAAUUGGAAACUAAUCUCAUGCCUUUAGCUGCAAAUCAAGAAGAGAAUUUUAGUUCUUCAUUUUAA